AUGAAUCGCCCAAAUAAAGCUAUCUACAUGCUUGCAAACGGCAAACAUGAACUCCGAACAAUCGAAGAGCCAUACAUCCCGCAAAAAGCACAGUCUCUCGUAGAAGUGCAGUACUCUGCCAUCAAUCCCGCUGAUACUCGUCACUCAUACAUGAACAUGUCAGAAUACGUCGCAGGCUACGAAUACACCGGCAUCGUUCGAGACGUCGGACCCGAAUCUCCCUUCAAAAUCGGCCAAGAAAUCUUUGGUCAAUCGUUGCCGUAUGAUCACCGACCCAAUUAUCUCGGCGCUCAUCAGAGCUUCCUUUUAGCGGAACCACUUAUGGCUUUUGAGAGGCCUGCGCAUCUUGAUCCCAUCACCGCUGUAACAUCUAUCGUUGGCAGUGCAACGACCUUUGAUGCUCUGUUCAAUGUGGCGGGUUAUGGCUUCCCACUUGCUGGCAUCACUGGCGACGAUCCGAAGAAUAAGCCGAUUCUUAUUUGGGGCGGUGCUGGUGCUGUUGGUCAGGCUGCUAUCCAGAUUGCCAAGGCAGCUGGCUUCAGUCCCAUUAUCACUACAGCUUCGCCUCAGAAUCACGAAGCUUUGAAGAGGCUUGGUGCGGAUGAUGUCUUUAACUAUCGAAGUGCAACAGUCGUGAAGGAUAUACGUGCAUAUCUAGACAAGUCUGGCAAAUCUUUGAAGACUGUUUUCGACACCGUUUGCACUGGUCUCGGUGUCUUUGAAGGUCUUUCGCCCGAAGAAGAAAAGGCCUUGGAGUAUAAGUACGAUCAAAGCUCACCAGCUCUGUCCCGCCAGUGCUGUGAUCCCAACGUACCCUCAGAACAACUCCGUCUGGUAUCAACUCUUCUUGUAAAGAAGGACCCCACUUGGAAGUUUACUUUGAGCGUCAGGGUCGUUGAGCAAGUUGACUUUGCAGUUGAUGCUCAAGAUCGAAGCGCUGAGGAGAGAAAGCGGGAGGAGAAUAGGAUCAUCGAGUGGCAGAAACGUAUUGAACAGGGUAUGCACUGGUUGGCUGAGAACCAUGAGCAAUAUUGGGAGGCGCCGAGGUUUAGAGUCUUGGAGGGAGUGGAGGAAGGGAUUCAAGGUAUUCGUGAUGUUUGGAAUCGGAAAGUGAGUCGCGAGAAGCUUGUCAUUGAUCACAGAGUUUGA